UCCACAAACACAAAGAUUUAGUUUCAUGAAUCGUGUUCGCCUUCUUGCAAAACACUCGGUGAUUGUUUUUUGACCUAUAUACCUCUCGUUGUCCUCUUGAAGUUCUUACACAUUAAAUCUCCCAUAUUUCAGAGAGCAAUUGUCAUAAUAAAGGAAGGAAGGAAGAAAGAUGGCCUCAAUCAUUAAAGCUUUAGCACCGGUGGUGAGGCGAGUCGGCACAUCUGCAUCUGCUACGAGACCUGCAAUGAGACUUAGUAGACAGAGCAGAAUAUAUCAACAGUAUGCACCUUAUUAUUCUACCUCCCAAGAUACCUAUCGAUUCUAACACCAGCGCAGUGCCCAUCCGCUUUCCGCCACCACUCGCCUUCGUUCAGACCCCAUCGACAUAACUGAGAUUCCUCCUACUCCCAUAUCGCACCUUUCUGAAAUCGAACUCGCCAUGUCUGAAUCUGUCUCGAAAUUUGCGAAUGAUAUCAUCGCGCCCAAAGUACGGGAUAUGGAUGAGGCUGAGAGUAUGGAUCCCGCGGUCGUGGAACAGUUGUUUGAGCAGGGACUCAUGGGAGUCGAGAUACCUGAAGAGUAUGGAGGUGCGGGAAUGAACUUCACCGCGGCGAUUGUGGGGAUUGAGGAAUUGGCAAGGGUCGAUCCUAGUGUGAGUGUUUUAGUGGAUGUGCAUAAUACUCUGGUCAACACUGCGGUCAUCAAAUAUGCGAGUAAGGAGUUGAAGAACAAGUGGUUGCCAAAAUUGGCUACGAAUACUGUUGGUUCAUUCUGUUUGUCUGAACCAGUAUCUGGAUCUGAUGCUUUCGCUCUUGCCACAAAAGCUACCAAAACAGAUUCGGGAUAUACGAUUUCUGGAAACAAGAUGUGGAUUACCAAUUCGAUGGAAGCAGGGUUUUUCAUUGUAUUUGCAAACAUUGACCCAAGUAAAGGAUACAAGGGAAUUUCAGCUUUCAUAGUUGAGAAGGGUAUGAAGGGAUUUUCUAUUGCUAAGAAGGAGAAGAAACUUGGUAUCAAGGCUAGCAGCACGUGUGUUCUUAACUUUGAUGAUGUGGAAAUCCCCAAAGAGAAUCUUUUGGGAGAAGAGGGUCAAGGUUACAAAUAUGCUAUUGCCCUUUUGAAUGAGGGCCGUAUCGGAAUUGCAGCUCAAAUGACUGGGUUGGCUUUGGGUGCAUUCGAAAAUGCUACCAAGUAAGCAUGAUAUAAGCAUAUAUUUUCUGUUCAGUGACUAACAACUCAUAAUAGAUACGUAUGGAAUGAUCGAAAGCAAUUUGGACAGCUUGUAGGAGAUUUCCAGGGUAUGCAACAUCAAAUCGCACAAUCCUAUACAGAAAUCGCCGCAGCUCGUGCUUUAGUCUACAACGCUGCACGCAAGAAGGAGGCUGGUGAGGAUUUUGUUCAGGAUGCCGCUAUGGCUAAGUUAUUCGCCUCGCAAGUCGCUCAAAGAGUCAGUGGAUUGGCUGUUCAAUGGAUGGGUGGUAAGUAAAAUAUUUCAUAUUUAUUGCUCUCACUCAACACUAACUGUUUUGAUAGGUAUGGGGUUUGUUCGUGAAGGAAUUGCGGAGAAGAUGUGGCGAGAUUCGAUGAUAGGAUCUAUCUAUGAGGGAACGAGUAAUAUUCAAUUAACAACAAUAGCAAAGUUGUUGAAGCAACAAUACAAGUCCUAGAGAUAGAAAAAGAGAGGAAGAAUCGAUACCAAUUUAGACUUAUAGAUGAGAACCAAUAAAGUAGAAUGUGCUAUGAACAAU